CACAUUAAAUGACGAUUUAUACAGCUAAUUUAUCAUUGAUUCCCGCAAAACCAGCUUCAUACUUCGAUUGCCAAACAAUUCGGAUAUUUUGCGACAUUGCAGCAGACGAACUUUCAAAUUCUUGACAAAGUGUCUUCUUCCGCGGCGGAAGGAUUGGAAAUUAUAACAAAAUAAAGCGAAGCUUGAUAUAACGCUUUUGUGUAAUGGGCGUCGAAAAUAUGCGAUAAGUUUCAUUCUUUUCGCGUGAAACAGUUAAUUCAAGACAUUAAUAAUAUUGUGAUGACAUAUUUUGAUAAUGGCUGGAAUUCUCAAGAUAAUGUAGAAGACAUAGUGCUAUAGACCCGAUAAAUAUUCGUAAUUAUCUUGUGAUAUUCUAUUCAGUGAAUUAAGUUAGGUCAAAUUGUGAGACUUGAACGGAUCUAUGUAGUACACGUUUCUGCCGUCUUCAUAUUCCUUGUUUUUGUUGUAUACUCAGUGCUUUCAAUGAACAUUAUGUUAGACUACUGCUCAAGCUCAAACUCUUCACCGCGGUACCAGUCUCCGAGUCCAACAAUGACGUCAUUACCUUACAACAUGGCAGAAAUGAUGUCAUCAGCAAAUAUGGCUGCAAAUAUGGCCGCCGCCGAAAGUCAAAGACAAUCAGCAUUUGUGCUUAGCAGUCCGCAGCUAGCGGCUUUACAUAACAUGACUGAAAUGAAGACACCCAGAUCGUGUUCGAGUCCUCCAAAUUUACAGAGCCCUUAUUCGAACUAUUCACAAUCAUCGUUAAAACAGUUAAGUUUAGCUAUGUCACAAAGCGGCACUUCACAUCGUAUUUCAGACAUUUUGAAUAGACCGCUCGUGCAAAAUCCACUCGGACUUCCGCAGUUGAAUGCUAGCAUGUAUCUAAAUUCUCAAGCAGGACUCAAACUCGCAGAACUCCCUGGACGGGCACCUAUCUACUGGCCAGGUAUGAUCGGAGGACCGAACUGGAGACCGUCUUGGAAUGUGAUCAUUGACAAAGAUGGGAAAAAGAAACACACAAGACCAACAUUUUCCGGUCAACAGAUCUUUGCUCUCGAGAAAACAUUCGAGCAGACGAAAUAUUUGGCGGGACCGGAAAGAGCCAGACUUGCGUACGCACUGGGCAUGUCUGAAAGCCAGGUCAAGGUAUGGUUCCAAAACAGACGAACAAAAUGGCGCAAGAAGCACGCCGCAGAAAUGGCUACAGCCAAAAAGAAACAAGAAUUUGCAGAGUCUAUGGAUGAUGGUUCCGAGCAAGAAGACGAUUUAGCGGAUUGCUGAAGAAAGUUUUAACGAACAGGGUACCAGUGUUACCAACAUGGCGGAUGGAUUAUAGUAAAACUUCGAAUUCGACGCAUCCUGGCUUGAAAAUUUCGCAAUAAAUUGACAGGCCACGUGUUGUCUAAAAACAGACGACUUCUAAUAUGAUAUUAUACAUGUAUAUCUGUGUUCUCAAACGACCUAUGAUCCUCUGAUAUUAACAUACAUUUAUUUGAGGGGCAUCUCAUCUUUUCACAGAUAUCAAUAUUUAUGUGUAUCAAUAUACAUGUAUCAUUAAACGGACAUAGAUGAUAAUUUAUUCAACUUUUGGUUGUUCUUUAUUUAGUGUGCUUCUCGGAUCACGUGGCGAAAGUUGACGUGAAAACAAAUUAUUUGUUACUGUGUUGAAAGAAAGAGCAGUUGAAAACUAUUUGUUACGAGACAUUUUGAGGACAAAUAGUCAUUUUAAAAAGUGUUAUAUUGACAUUGAUUUUGCAGCUACUAGAAAAACAAUGACUAAAAUAAUGAGUGAAGGCUUCUUGACGCUAGAUGGCGUUGUAAAUCUUGAAGACGGAGCAAUAUAUGUAAAAACAUUUAAAUAAACAUGGAAUUUUUGCUGUAUAUUCAAUUUAUAUGUAUUACAUUGCAUGUUCGUCCUGUAUAGAUUUUGUUAUAUAAAUUAUAAAAAAGUAUUAAAUAUGAACUGAU